AUGAUGUUUGUCAACAUCAAACUAUGUAUUUUCUUUCUGCUAGUGGCGUAUUCUACUGCCAAUGAAGAAGAAGAUGAUUCUGAUGAGAUUGUUUUAUCUCUCGACUCGAGCUCAUUUAAUGAUGCCCUAGAACAAAACUCGUUUCUACUUGUGAAAUUUUAUGCUCCGUGGUGCGGUCACUGCAAGGCUUUGGCUCCAAAAUACCAAGAAGCCGCGAGAAUUCUGAAAGAGGAGGGUCAUAAUGUUCGUUUGGCGAAAGUCGAUGUCACUGAAAAUAGCGACCUCGGCAAAUUGUUCGACAUUCGUGGAUAUCCGACCCUUAAAUUCUUCCGCAGUUCGGUUUCAAUUGACUAUACUGGCGGACGCGAAACCAACGAUAUUGUCGAAUGGAUCAAGAAGAAAAUGAUGCCAAGUGUGCACUCGAUUACCACCGAUGAGGAACUCGAAGAUUUCAAGAAGGAUGAGGAACAAGUUGUUGUCAUUGCUCAUUUCGAGGACGAAGAAUUGAAGAAUGCUUAUCAAACUGUCGCUGAUAAACUCGAGAACCUGAAAUUUGGUGCUAUCAAGGGAGACAAAGUCAAGGAAGUCAAGAAUGGAGAAAUUCUGAUGUACCGCAAAGGAGAGCUUUCGAAACAAUUCACCAUCGAAAACAAGGACGAUAUUCUGCGACUUGUCUUCGCCUACUCAUUGGAAGCCGUUACCGAGUUCAAUCAAGAAGCUGCUGGAAACCUGUUCCAGGGAAUCAUCCAUGACUUCCACUUCCUUCUCAUUUCGAAGAAACACGACGAUUAUUCAAAGAUUUUGCGCGAAUUCGAAGAAACCGCCGAAAAAUUCCGGGCCAAAAUCGUUUUUGUCACUCUCGAUACUUCUCUUGAAGAAAAUGCUCGCAUCUUGGAAUUCAUGGGAAUCAAGAUUGAGGAUACGCCAACAUCUAGAAUUCUUCGUUUCGGCGAAACUGGUGUUCUGAGAUACAAGCCAGCCGAUGGACAAUCGUUCGUUGAUUUCUCGAAUGAUUUCAUCGACGAGAAGGCCACGUUGGAUUUGAAAGAGCAGCCGCUACCAGAAGAUUGGGACAAGAAUCCGGUUAAGCAAUUGGUCGCCAGUAAUCUUUUCAAAGUUGUGCUCGAUGAGAAGAAGGCAGCUUUUGUGAAGUUCUAUGCGCCGUGGUGUGGCCAUUGCAAGCAAUUGGCUCCAGUUUGGGAGCAACUCGCUGAAAAGUUUGCCGACAAUGAAAAUGUCGUCAUUGCCAAGAUUGAUGCCACUCUCAAUGAGUUCACCAACAUUUCGGUCACCUCGUUCCCACUUCUCAAAUUCUGGCCAAUGGGUGCCAACAAGGUUGUUGUCGAUUACAGUGGCGAUAGAAGCUUAAAGGAACUCGAAAACUUUGUCAACUCGAAACUCAAGACGGAAACUGAUGAGCCUAAAUCGGACUCGGCAACCCAUGAAGAGCUUUAA